AAUCAAUUGCAUAAACCUAAUCAAUGCAGGUGAGAGCAGCAGCAUCCAGUGAGGGAGGGCGCUCAUCUGAUCUGAUCUGAUCCUCUGUGUCUACUCUGAUCUCUGGGCCACUGGCUGCUGCUGCUGCUGCUGCUGGGAGCUCUUAACACACAGCCCCUCCGUGGUUUUCAGUGAAGUUCACCAGGAUGUGUCGUAACCACAACAUGAUGGAUUUAUGACAGACUUUCUCCAACAGCUGCGCUGCUCACUGAUCCAAAGAUCCAACUAAAACCCCACUUUGCUUUUCCCAACUUUGAAGUCAGGAUGACUUUGUUCUUGCUUUUCAUGGUAUUAACUGUAGAAACCAUUAGUCCAUCAGUGGUGUCGGGGAGCGUUUAUACAAACCACUGGGCCGUGAGGAUCACAGGAGGUCAGGAACAAGCUGAUAGGAUCGCAGCAAAAUAUGGAUAUAUCAAUUUUGGACAGAUAGGAAGUCUGGAGGACCAUUACCAUUUCCACCACAGCAGAGUGGUUCGCAGAGCUGCGUUCUCUUUGAAGGGCCCGCACAGCUUCAUCCAUAUGGAUCCUAAGGUGGACUGGGCUCAGCAGCAGGUAGUAAAACAAAGAGUAAAGAGGUUUGCCCAAAGUGACCCAACCUUCAUUCAUUUCAACGACCCCAAAUGGUCCAACAUGUGGUACAUUCACUGCAACGAUAAGAGUGGCAGCUGUCACUCGGAGAUGAACAUCCUGGCGGCCUGGCAGAGGGGCUACACCGGCAAGAACGUGGUGGUCACCAUAUUGGACGACGGCAUCGAGAGGAACCACCCUGAUCUGGCUCAGAACUACGACCAUCUAGCAAGUUAUGAUGUCAAUGGGAAUGACCACGACCCGACACCACGUUAUGACUCCCGCAAUGAAAACAUACAUGGAACUCGGUGCGCAGGUGAAGUUGCAGCAGCGGCCAAUAACUCCCAUUGUAUCGUCGGGGUUGCCUAUAAUGCUCACAUUGGAGGGAUUCGGAUGCUGGAUGGUGAUGUGACUGAUUUGGUAGAGGCCAAGUCCCUGGGAAUCCGACCUGACUACAUCGACAUCUACAGCGCCAGCUGGGGACCAAAAGACGACGGCAAGACAGUGGACGGCCCAGGGCUGCUGACUAAGCAGGCUUUUGAGCGAGGCAUCAAGAAGGGACGCAAAGGCUUGGGGUCCAUUUUUGUCUGGGCGUCAGGAAACGGUGGUCGGCAGGGCGAUCACUGUUCAUGUGACGGUUACACCAGCAGCAUCUACACCAUCUCCAUCUCCAGCACCACAGAGAACGGAAACAAGCCCUGGUACCUGGAGGCCUGCAGCUCCAUCAUGGCCACGACAUACAGCAGUGGAGAGUUCAACGAGAGGAAGAUUGUAACCACCGACCUCCGGCACCGCUGCACCGACGGUCACACCGGCACUUCUGUCUCUGCUCCCAUUGUGGCUGGAAUCAUAGCUCUCGCCCUGGAGGCCAACCUUUUGCUGACAUGGAGGGAUGUGCAGCACCUUCUGGCGAAGACCUCCAGAACGGUCCACCUGAAAGCCGAUGACUGGAAGACCAACGCUGCGGGACUCAGAGUCAGCCACCUGUAUGGGUUUGGCCUGGUGGAUGCAGAGGCCAUGGUGCUGGAGGCUUCCAAGUGGAGGACGGUUCCUCCUCAGCACAUCUGCAGUCACGUGCCUGAGCGACGCACCAGGUACAUCCAUGCUGGCCAGAGUCUGAACAGCAGCGUCACCACCUCUGGGUGUUCAGAAGAAGCCAAGCAGCACGUGGCUCACCUGGAGCACGUGGUGGUCAAGGUCCUGCUCGUCCACCCACGACGGGGAGACGUGGAGAUCAACCUCAUCUCUCCAUCUGGGACCAGAUCACAGCUACUGGCCAAGAGGUUGUUUGACAGCUCUAAUGAGGGCUUCAGGAACUGGGAGUUCAUGACGGUUCAUUUCUGGGGCGAGAGGGCAGAGGGCACGUGGACUCUGGAGAUUGUUGACACACCAUCAAAGCUACGCAACCCUGAGGUGCUGGGCAACCUAAAAGAAUGGACACUGAUCCUUCAUGGCACGUCUCAGACGCCGUACCAGAACUGCAGUACUCAGCACUCCCGUUCAAGGAUGCUGGAGAACCCGGUCCCAGAGGAGAUCCUGGAGGAGCCAGAGCUGGAGGAGGAAGAUGAGUACCAUGGACCGUGCCACAGUGAGUGUGGAGACCAGGGCUGUGACGGACCAGAUACUGACCACUGCCUCAACUGUGUCCACUUCAGCUCAGGCAGCUUGAAAAGUGGCAGAGCCUGUGUGAGCCACUGUCCAGGGGGACACUACGAGGACGUAGCGUCUCGUCGCUGUAGACGCUGCUAUAAAGGCUGCGAGGGAUGUGUCGGCCGAUCGGCCGUCGAAUGUCUCUCCUGUCGAAGAGGCCUUUACCUCAACACACUCAACUCCAGCUGCAUCGAUACCUGUCCCCCAGGUUACUUUGCUGAUGAGAAUCAGAGACAGUGUCUGAAGUGUCAUGACACCUGUAUGAGAUGCCUGAGGUAUGCGGACAGAUGCACUGCCUGCACCGAAGGCUACAGGUUGGCAGGGAUGACUUGUGUUCCUGAAUGCACCAAUGGGACCUUUUUCCACGUGGAAGAGAUGACCUGCAGCCCGUGCCAUUCCUCUUGUAGGACUUGUACAGGGCCGGGUAAGGAGGAGUGUAUCCAGUGUGUUGAAGGCUACCUGCAGCAGGAGUGGAGGUGUGUGCAGGCCUGUAUUCCUGGCUACUACUCUGCAGAGGCAGCAGGAGUCCCUCAUAAGAUGUGUCACAGGUGUGAGGAAAACUGUCUGAACUGCAGUGGCCCUGGAACUACUUGCAUCAAAUGCAAAGAGGGUUACAGUCUGGUCAGCAGGACUUGUAUUGUGAACGCGUCCUGUAAUAACGCGGAUGAGGCGUUCUGUGAGAUGGUCAAGUCCAACCGUCUCUGUGAGAAGAAGCUGUACCGUCAGUUCUGCUGCCGGACCUGUCUGAUGAACGGAUGAGGAGCCGGCCACCUCUCAGUAGACCUCCUCUUCCUCCUCUUCCUCCUCCUCCUCUAAACCUGAACCGUCAUCAUGUUGUCAAACCUACGUCAGUAACAGUCAUUCAUAAAGAACUAAAAAUGACUAUUACAGGGUAUAACAUGUUUUUAGAAUGAAGCUCUUCAGUUGUAUUUUUGCAUGUUGUUGAAGGCAGGUGUGGUUUUCGUAGAACAUUUUGAAUGUGGACAAUUAUUAUGUACAAAACUGCAUUAUAAUGGUUGUGCUUUUUGCAACACAACGUACUGUUUAAAAACACUGUUUUUAUUCAAAGACAGUAAAGAAUGGAGCUGACACUUAUUUUUUAUUAUGUUUUAUUUCUGGUUUAUCAAAUUAGUUUUACUUUAUAUAUCACGUCAUGGUCUCAGUUUAAGGUUCUGAUUCAUUGUCUAUUUCCCUUCACCUGUUUCAAUGAGUUUUUUUUUUAUUAUUUUGAGCUGGAUAUUUCCAGCUCCGUUAAAAUGUAAAUAAUAAAGCACACUGAGCUUUUAAAAGCCA